CGGAGGCUGAACGGGGUUCAAUGAAAGCAGAGAGAGCAAGUAGAAUAGUAAUGCAGAGGGAUGAAAGAUGGCAGAGCUACAAAUGUUGCUAGAGGAAGAAAUUCCGGCUGGUAAAAGUGCCCUUGUCGAGAGCUAUCAGAAUCUUUCAAGGGUCGCAGAAUAUUGUGAGAACAACUAUGUACAGGCACAAGAUAAGAGGAAAGCGCUGGAGGAGACCAAAGCCUACACCACCCAGUCCCUGGCGAGCGUGGCCUACCAGAUCAAUGCCUUAGCCAACAACGUCCUGCAGCUCCUGGACAUCCAGGCAUCCCAGCUGCGCCGAAUGGAGUCCUCCAUCAACCACAUCUCACAGACUGUGGAUAUCCACAAGGAGAAAGUGGCUCGACGAGAGAUCGGAAUACUGACCACAAACAAGAACACGUCGAGGACCCACAAGAUCAUCGCCCCUGGCAACAUGGAGAGGCCGGUGAGGUACAUCAGAAAGCCCAUUGAUUACACGCUGCUGGAUGACGUUGGCCACGGUGUCAAACAACAUGGCAACAACCAGCCAGCCAGGGGAGGCGGGACCUUAUCAAGGACAAAUCCACCCACACAGAAGCCUCCGAGUCCACCAAUGGCAGGCCGGGGAACCCUUGGGAGGAAUACCCCGUACAAGACCUUGGAGCCGGUGAAGCCACCUGUGGUGCCUAAUGACUACAUGACCAGCCCCGCCAGGCUUGGCAGCCAGAACAGCCCAGGCCGCACCGCCUCUGUCAACCAGAGGCCCAGGACACACAGUGGCAGCAGCGGGGGCAGUGGUGGGCGAGAGAACAGUGGCAACAGCGGAAUAGGGAUUCCUCUGGCUGUGCCCACUCCAUCACCACCCACCAGCCUGGCAUCAGCGUCGACUGUUCCCCAGGGGCCAGGCCUCGGCCCCGUGCCCAUGUCCCAGUUCGGCACCAUCUCCCGCCAGGUCUCUCGCCAGGCCUCGUCUUCGGCCUCCAUGGUGUCUGCCACGGGCACGUACCGCCGGGCGCCGUCCGUCUCCUCCUCGCAGUUCACCGCCGCCCCGCAGGCCCACGUCAACGGGGGGCCGACCUACACCCAGAGCUCAGUGACUGCGGUUCCCCCGCCGCCUCCUCCCAUGGUGCAGCUCACCCCCCAGAUCCCACUAACGGGCUUUGUGGCCCGGGUGCAGGAGAACAUUACCGACAGUCCAUCCCCACCCCCACCCCCGCUGCCUGAGGACAGUAUUAUGUCGGAGGAGGCUCACCCCCCACCCCCUCCGCCGCCAGUGGACUAUGAGGAUGAGGACGCUUCAGUGGUGCACUAUAGUGACCCCUACGCUGACGGCGACCCGCACUGGGCCCCCAAAACUUACCUGGAGAAAGUGGUUGCUAUUUACGACUACUCAAAGGACAAGGAUGACGAGCUGUCAUUCAUGGAAGGGGCCAUCAUCUACAUCAUCAAGAAGAACGAUGACGGCUGGUUCGAGGGCGUGUGCAACGGGGUCACAGGCCUGUUUCCUGGCAACUACGUGGAGUCGAUCAUGCACUACGCAGACUAGGAGGUGGGAAGGAGGGGACAGAGCGAACACCUGUCAAUCAUGAACAAAUGUUUCAAAGUGCAUUUGGCUAGUGAAGAAUGUUUGUUACUCUCUGUUAUUUUAUUGAAAACACACAAACCAUAACAUAAAAUUGUGCACACGGGGAACAGAAGGUGUGCAGGUAUUGUUAAGUUGUUAUUGACGGUAAAACAAGUUACAAUAUUAAUAAUAAUUAGUAUAUUCCUGGUUAGCGCUUUUUGUUGUAUGUUUUGUAUGUACAGUAACGUGAGAUGCAGCUUGUAGGUGGUCAGUAGUGUUUUGGCGUGUGUUUGUAUAUGUCAGUGUCCUGACCAGUCUACGUGAGUUGUCAACAUGUCUUUUGUUUCUUUUCAUUAUUAUUAUUGUUAUGAUGUUUUUUUUAAUAUAUAUACUAUAUUAAUUUUAUCCAGGUUUUGUACAGACAUUUUCCUGUGUCAUUAACAUUUGUGCAGAAUGUCUUUUGAAUGUCAUUGCUUGAUAUUUUUGAGCCUUGCCAAACAACAAUGAAGAGUGAAUUGAUUUGAAUUUGUAGCCUUUUUCUAUGUACCCCUGUUACUGCUCUAUUUUUUCACUUGGGUUUUGAAUGCCAGACUAUUUUCUCCCUGACCGGUUUGUGAUUGCGGCAGGUCACCGUGGGUGACUCAGUCCAGAUCAGGUGGAGCAGAAAGCCAGGGAGGGCUUGUUAAAGAGCUAAUUCGGUUUGUACUGCCUUUUAUUAAGGUUCCUGCUCGCAGAGACAGGCAGUUGUCAGUUGGCUAGCCUUCAUGUGAGGCUGCCCGACUGCACUGAUCAAGCAUGGCUGUGGCAUUUCAGACGGCAGGAUAACCCUUUCAUCUUGUUUACACAGCCAGUUGUCCUAGACAUGUUAAUGAGGACGGUGAGACAGCCCCUCCGCCUCGUUUGACCGCUUCAUAUGAAGGAAGAAGGGUCUAGCUGAGGGAAUACACCAUUUAAGACAACUCUGUACAGUAUAUUCACAUGCCAUACAGAUACCUCAGCUGUGAGACUCACUGUUUCUGCUAUCUUACUUUCAUGCAGUGUGUAAUCUUGGAAAGCUCCCACUGUUGUCUCCAUUGACUGUGUGUGUGUGUGUGUGUGUGUGUGUGUGUGUGUGUGUGUGUGUGUGUGUGUGUGUGCGUGGGCGCAUGCAAGAGAGUAAUAGAGAGAUGGAGGUCUGGUGUGAGCAUGUAUGUUGCCAAAUGUGUAUGCACGUGUAUGUACAGUGUGUAUGUAUGCGAAUCAGUGGGAGGGGUUGAACAGGACCAUCACACCACUUUGCUUUCUCUGAAAAUGGCUGCCAUGACAGGAGCAGGAGGGCUUCCUCUGUUGUCUGUAAAUGGACGUCAUGACUCAGAGACACAGUAGACCACUUUGUGCCAUUUGGAUAGAGUGAAGAAGCAUGCCAUCACAUUUCAUACCUGUUCCUCCUCUCAGCACUUUCAUAACGUGUCAGUGGCUGAGGAGGUCAGAGGACUUAAGCACAUGGGGAUGGUUUGGAUGUACAAAUGUGAUGCCAUGACCAAGGAAAGUAAUUGUUUUCUGAAUUAUGCAUGUUGUUAAAUUAGGCCUUAAAAGUAUAUAAAUAUUAUUUUUCUUUGAUGUGCACUGAUUAUUCGGGAACAUUCUUAGUUGUUCCUAAUCGUGUUUAUGGCAAGAUGUUGUCAAAUUGCACAUACUUUUUUUUUCAUUUUAUUUUGUAACAAAAAGGUGAUUUCUUUUAAAUUAGUCUUUAACGUUUUGUAGACUUAAUAUGUAAUUGUAUACUUUUGUGUGAGAGAAAAUAUCCUGACUGAGCGUUCAGUUUUUGUAAUGUGUGUGUGUGUGUAUGUGUGUAUGUGUGUGUCAAACUGCUGUUGAUGGAUGGACAGUCAUGUGCAUUCCCAAAUGGUAUUUAUUUAUUUUUGCAAGGGAUUUCUGAGACUGCAACUCAUGAGGAAUUGUAUGGGUGUCAAUCACUGUGGUAAAUGUUUCAAGGCCUUGAGUUUUGAGUUCUUUGCGACAUUACAAAAAAUGUGGAAAGUGACAUUAAAUUCCAGAAAAGAAUGCCUCUUCAUUACGUAUUCAUAUGUAUAUAUUAUAUGUUUUCUCAAUUAAUGUACAGUCCUUUUUAUAAUAAAUAGCUUCCCUGUACAUGUC